AUGGGUGACCACGUGCUUUUGAAGUGGGCCUCGGAGGACAAAUGGGACGUGUAUCCCGUGAGGAAUAUCAAGUCCCAGACUGUCGUCUGCCAGCAGGUCGACGACCCAAAAUACGUGACGACGCUGACCAACCAAGCAGUGCAAGUCCUGUGGCAGGACGAUGAGUACGCACCGGCGUACAUCUUGGGAAUAGACAUUAAAGAAAUGGCCAAGAACUUGCGCAAGAAAACGAGCCAGCUUGCAGACGCGGUGCCCUCCGCAGCUUCGAAAGCACCGGCUGCCGUGCCUGCUGCUCAGCUGCAGCCGUUCGAGCAAAACCUCUACGAAGAACAUCCGGCCACGGCAAGCCGGUCGAUCGCCGAAGUGGAAGCCUACAGAAAGGCCAAGGGUGUAUUGGUGAAAGGGAACGACGUGCCGAAGCCCAUCCUCGCCUUCGACGAGUCCAACUUUCUGGACUUCGUCCGCAAGGGAAUCGAGGCCCUACGCCACUGCACUUCACCGACGUGCAUCGAGGCCCACAGCUGGCCCAUCGCACUCUCCUGCAGGAAUUACCUUGGCAUUGCAGAGACAGGCUCGCACAGGGCUCUCACCUACGUCCUUCCGGCCGUCAUACACGUCAGCCGGCAGCCGCCCCGGCAGCAGCAAGACGGACCCAUCGCCGUCCUUGUGGCUCCAACGCGCCAGCUAGCAAAGACCAUUCACAACGUGGCCUCAAAUCUCGGCGACCGCGCUGGAUUACGCAGUGUGUGCGCCGCAAACGGCGACAGCAUGGGAGGCCAGUUCGCCGAGCUCAAAAAGGGCUGCCACAUCUUCGUGGCCAUGCCUCGACGCCUCAUUCAGUUCCUCGAAGAAGGCAAGGUCAACCUCCACCGGUGCACGUACCUCGUUUUUGACGAUGUGGACCGCAUGCUGACGAUGGGCUGCGAGUCCCACAUCCUCAAGAUUGCCGAGCUUUGCCGACCGGACCAUCAAACUAUAAUGUGGGCCACAUCGUGGCAGAGGAAUCUAACGGCCCUUGUAGAGGACCUGCUCAACGACUACGUAGAAAUUAGGUUCAGUCCGCCGCCGCUGUCUGUUGAAAACGGCGUGGAAAUGACCGUCGACGUGUGCCAGGACGAAGACAAGGAAGAAAGGUUGGCUGAACUCCUCGGCAACGUACUCAAGGAGAAGACAGACGGAGCCGUGGUGUUCUGUGACACGGCAUGGAAGGUCGAUGAGAUCUCUUUCCAAUUGCGGCAAUGUGGCUUGCCCGCUAUCGGCCUUCACGGCAAGAAGCUACAAAAUGAGCGGGACUGGGUCGUGUCUAUGUUCCUUAGAGGUGCAGAGAACGUGCUCGUGACGACCGACAAGGCUGCGCAUGACCUGAACUUCGAGAACGUGCGGCUGGUGGUGAACUACGACUGCCCGGACUCGUGCGAGGGCUACAGGCACAGAUCGAGACACGUCAAGCGUCCGGGUGCGCCAGGUGCGGUGCACACGUUCAUCGUUCCUAACCAAGGGCUGCAGGCCAAGAUGCUGGUAGAUGUUUUCGAGAAUGCCAAGCAACCGCUCAAUCCAAAACUCCGCAACAUGGCGAAAAAUGUUCGUUCCAAACGAUAA